AUGUCGGGCGCUAUUGGGAGGAAACGGGCGCGGUCCGAAGACGGCAACAACGAUGCUGUUGACGAGAAUGUGCCCCUGACUGGGACCGUUGAGGCGACAGGCACAGUGAAGCGGCAAAGGUUGGCACACAGUCACUCCACGGCAUCGGUCGCGAACCGGACCAGUGCCAGCGACGACGCGGCCCUGUUCCCCGGAGCCAACAUUGCCACGACACCCCAGACGCCGAGGACCGUCCACGCCGUGGCAUCGGCCAUCACCGGUGCCCUGGCUUACGGCGUCGGCAGCCUGGUGGGUGCCAGCAAAGAUGCCGGCAAAGCACGCGGUCAGGCGCGCGACCGGCUACUGGCACGGCCGUUUGCGUCCCUGCUACAUGAGCGCAACACACGAACGACACAACAAGACGACCUUGACAAGCUCUACGAAUUUCCCGACGACGAUGGGGGCGAUGCGAAUGCGUCCAAUAGACCAACACGCGCUGCGCUCGAAUCCGACGUGGAAGAAAACACGCUCGUCGGAUCCGCGUCGCCGACGCCCGACACACCCUCAAAGAAACAACCACAGACGCCGUCCGCAAUGAAGACGGCGUCGGCGGCCACAAAGACGGCGACCGACAAGAAUAAGAAGAAGAGACGCGACCUCCUGGAGGACCUGGCCAUUGACGGCACCGACAAGAUGGCGGCCGGGCUCGAGGGAGGCCGUCUAUCUCGACGCGACCGGGUGCGCACUACGCCCAAGAACGUGGACCGCGAGAUAGGCAACGCGAGCACCCCGAACAGCGCCAGUAAAAGUCGCUCCCGAGGCAAGGCGGUAAAUGGAGGUGCGCCAGCAGCAGCAUCACCGGCAUUGGCUGUGGAGCCGGACGUGGCGCCUGGUGUGGCACUCACGACUACAGAGGCGUCUUCUGCUCCUACAUCAACGAGAAGGAGGGCCAGGUCAACAACUGCAGCGAAGGUUUCUUCGACAGCAGACACGCCUCCGAAGCCGCUCGCCUCACCCAGAGAAAAGACAAACAGGACGGCCAUGACAGACACAGAAAAAGGAGACGAAGUUACGCCCGCUUCCACCAGACGAUCGCGGGCAAAAGCAACACCAGCCAAAACCACUGAAAAGCUAGUACCGAAGCGAGCCUCUAGAGCAAAGAGCACUUCCAAGGAGGCUGCUGGUACAGCGACGAAGGAUACCUCGACGAAGCCGCUAGACCAGGUGGUGCAGAACAUCCCACAGACGGACAGCGCACCGGCAGAAGGAGGAGACAGCAGUGAUGACACCGACGACGACGUCUGUGCCAUCUGCAGUAAACCCGAUUCGGAACCGCCCAACGAGAUUAUCUUUUGUGAGACGUGCGAUCUCGCCGUGCACCAGCAAUGCUACAACGUGCCUGUCAUACCAGAGGGCGAUUGGUUCUGCAAAAAAUGUCUGCGGCAGCAGAACGACGAUACUCUGGAGACGGCUGCCGGUAACCAACCGACGGACUCAGUGGGGGAGGAGUCUGCCGCUGACUUAACAGACAAGGACGACGCCGCCGCUGCUGCCGCCGCUCGCGACCUGGCGCCUGACAUUGCCAACUUUGAGCACCACCUCGCCAGGAUGAAGCGAGUCUUGCUUGGCCGUUGUACGGGCCGCCAGCGUGUUCGGUUGCAGGGCCAGGACGAUGCUUACGACAAGGUUUACCAGGUGGUGAAGCAGACGGUUGUGGCUGGCGAGGGCAAUUCCAUGAUGGUUAUUGGUGCACGAGGCACGGGCAAGACAACGAUGGUGGAGUCUAUAUUGGGUGCUCUGGCUGCCGAGCACGGCGGCGCCUUCCAUGUGGUCCGGCUUAAUGGAUUUAUCCACACCGAUGACAAGCUGGCCCUGCGCGAGAUCUGGCGGCAGCUCGGAAAAGAAAUGGCCGUGGAGGACGAUGUCGUUAACAAGACAAACAACUACGCGGACACGUUGGCCUCGCUGCUAGCUCUGCUCUCGCACCCCUCCGAGAUUCAAGGAGCCGCCAUUGGCACUGGGGCCGUGGAAAAGGACGGCGAUGGUGCCCCAGACGUGACGUCGACGGCCGUCGUUUUCGUCAUGGACGAGUUUGACCGUUUUGCCACGCACGCGCGCCAGACCCUGCUCUACAACCUGUUUGACAUUGCCCAGGCCCGCAAAGCACCCAUUGCCGUGCUCGGCCUCACCACCAAGAUCGACGUCGUGGAGAGCCUCGAAAAGCGUGUCAAGAGCCGGUUCAGCCACCGGUACGUCUACCUGCCGCUCGCGCGCAGCCUGCCCGCGUUUUGGGACAUUUGCCGCCACGGUCUUGUGAUCGAAGACGACGACGACAAAGACGGCGCCGGGCCCAAGGCAGUGGACAUCGCCAUGGAUGUCGACGAGACAGAGGGCCACGCCGAGUUCCGCCAGUGGUGGAAGCACAUGAUCGACAGCGUCAAGGACGACGACCAUUUCCAGGAGCAGCUCGCCUUCCACUUUUACAGCACAAAGUCUGUCGCGGCCUUCUGGACGACAUGCAUCAUGCCGUUGGCAGCCGUGUCAUCGACGGCACCGCGACUCAAGCUCCCCCCCGUGGGCGAGGCCGCACUGAGCGGUGGUGCUGCUGCUGCUGGCAGUGCCUCCUCGACCGAUGGCCCCCGCAGUGUCGGCCGGCCGUCUCUGGCUGCGUUGGCUGCGUCGUCCACAAGAAAGAUCACAAAGACCACAUCUCUGAACGACAUCGACCCUCUCCCGCUCGCACCGCCCGACUCCAAACUGCACUUGCUGGCUGCACUCUCGGAACUCGAGCUGUCCCUGCUGAUUGCCGCCGCCCGUCUCGACAUCGUCCUAAGCACCGACACGGUCAAUUUUGCCAUGGCCUACGACGAGUACGUCUCCCUCAUGGGUCGACAGCGCGUCCAGUCGUCCCUAGCCGGCUCCGGUGUGGGCUCAGGCCGCGGGGUCGGCCGCCCGCCUGGUGGGAGUUCCAGUACCGUCGGUGGCACCGUUGUCGGCGGCGGUGCACGCGUCUGGGGCCGCGGUGUCGCCUCGCGCGCCUGGGAAAGUCUAGCCGCACUGAGUCUGCUAAUCCCCGCGGGGAUGGGUGCGAGCGCCCGCGCCCGUGGACCCGGCCGGCCCAGCAACGCGCUGGUGACAAGCGGCCUGGAGGGCCGCAGCAUGUGGCGGACCGAGGUGGCGCUCGAAGAGAUUGCCGCGGCACCCGGUGUCCGGUUAAGUGCUGUGAUGGCACGUUGGUGCAAGGAGAUUUGA